AUGGAGAACGGCGACGGGCAGCCUUUUGCCAAGCUCGCUCUAACAGGUGUUGUAGCAUAUGUUGAUGUAUGGUCAUCCAGUAGAACGGAAAACUACUCAGAAGCUUUUACCCAAAAACUUCUUGAUAUGGGAGCAAAAGUGUCUAAGACUUUCAGCAAACAAGUGACUCAUGUAAUCUUUAAAGACGGACACUGGUCUACAUGGAAUAGAGCACAGAAGGCUGGAAUUAAGCUAGUAUCUGUACUUUGGGUAGAAAAGUGCCGAGAAGUUGGAGCAUAUGUUGAUGAAUCGCUGUAUCCUGCAAGAAAUACUAAUGAAGGUUUACCUCAGCAAAUUAGAAAGCAUAAAUGCAUGCAACCUAGAGACUUUGUUGAAAAAACUCCAGAAAAUGAUUGGAGAUUACAAAGAAAGCUGAAGUCUAUGGCUAAAGAUUUGGAUGUACAGAAAGCAGCAAUAGACAUGGAUAUACCAGUUUUACUAUUUGAAGAUGAUGGUUCACUAUUAUACAGCCCAGCAAGGAAAAUUAAGUAUGAGUGCAGUGCAAUGGAAAGAAGAAUAAAGGACAUGAAGGAGAAAAGAGAAAAUCUUUCCCUUACUGCUUCACAGAUGUCUCAAGUAUCUGGCUCUAGUUCUGUUCAAGCAACACAAGAACCAGUUCUUGCUUCUACCAGCUCAACUUGGGUAUUAGCAGAAGAAGAGAGCGAUGACCCUUUAAACUCAAGCUUCACUAACCUGUGGGGAAACCCUGAAUGCAAGAUUCUUAAAAAGGAAUCUUCCAAAUCUUCAUUUGAAGUUUCAGGUACUCCUGAUGCUUCUACAGCUGCUUUAGGAAGCUCCCCAUUCUUCACAGAUGACUGCAACCAUAUAACUCCAAAACAACCUAGUGGCAAACAUUUACGAAAAAGUCUGAUUCAUCCAAAAAACUUGGACAGGGAUUUGCUUAGCAAAAGUGCUGGAUCUGAAAUACCCUCUCCACAAAAACACAAUGGCAGGAAUGAUCAUCUUCCUCAGGCAAAGAGGUUGGACUGCAGAGGUUCUUCGGAAAAAUUGAUCCAUCUGGAAACUGCUGAAAGUUCCAACAACCACUCACAUUCAGAAAUGGGCACUGAACACGACACUGAUUUCCCUUCAACUAAUCUAACAUUUUCCUCAUUGAAAAGUGAUUGUGUUUUUGGUACCAGACAACAACAGAGACCUAAAAGGAGAUCAAGUUUUAAACCGAACACCUUAGCAUUAUGCAGAAGAGAGUCUCAGGAUGACUUUUUGAAAGCAGUGCUCACUCCUAUUGAGUCCAGCAUAGAUCAAGAUUCUUCGUAUGAAGAUUACUUUUCAUCAUUUAAUUUAAAUAAAAGUAAAGCUAGCCUUCCUUUACCAAUCCUGCAGAAAUUGCAGAGUCCCAGUGGAGUCGUUUACAAAUGUAGCCCUUCGCAAAGUAAGCAAAAGACAGUGUUGCAGAACUCCAGUACAAAGGAGAAAUCUAUGAGCAGCAAGAGGGAAAAAAUGGCUGAGAAUAAUGAGAAUGUUUCCAGGAGUGGCUGCAUGCAGUCUGUAUCUCUUCAUAGUAAAGAGACUGCAGCUUUAAACUACAUGUUGCAGGGUGAAAAAGCAAACACUGUGAAGAGCCCAGACUGUCUUCUGAAUCUUAACAUUCAACAAACGAUGCAUACAACCUUUGCAAAUAGAUGCCAUCCUACAACUGAAGAUGAAAACAAAUUUUACAUCUGUGAUGACAAAGAUGGCUCAUCAGAAGUUCUUCAUAAUCAGGAGGAUGAACCUAAUGAGAAAUUGAAAACUCGAAGAAUCAAAAAGCCACUGAGAACGUUAGUCAUGACAAGUAUGUCUUUUGAGCAGAAGAAUGCAGUUGUUCAGGUGGGAAAGAAAUUGGGAGGCUUUCUGUUUUCAAAUGAAGUGUGUGAAAAUACGAGCCAUGUGAUUGCAGGGAGUCCCCGUCGUACCUUAAAUGUACUUCUGGGAAUUGCACGAGGUUGCUGGAUUGUCAGUUACGAAUGGGUAUUGUGGUCUUUGGAAUAUGGCCAUUGGAUUUCAGAAGAACCAUAUGAACUUUCAGUGGAUUUCCCUGCAGCUCCUAUCUGUCGAGUCCAACACCACCUAUCAAGCAGAGAAUGUCACCAGAAACUCUUUUCAGAUCAGCCUGUAAUGCUCGUCUCUCUUAGUAGCCAGCCACCUUUUGAGAAACUCUGUGAACUGAUACAGCUUUGUGGAGGAAGAGUGUGCAAGAAUCUCCGUCAGGCGGGAAUCUGCAUUGGCAAGUGCAAGGUUGGGAAGCAUAUGGAGGUACAAUGUUUAUCAGAGCAAUGGAUACUAGAUUCAGUCAUCCAGAAUAAGAUUUGUCCUCUUGAAAGUUAUAUAUUUCAGAACAAGGAUUAGGAAUUAAGCAUGUUCAUGCUUUAUUCUAUAAAUGUAAUGGCUUGGAACAUUUUAUAAAGCCAAGAAGAAUGAUUAAAUAUACACAUUAAAAACUCCAUGAACCAAGAAGGGAAAGGAGCCAGUAAGUCUGAGGCCCACAGUCGAUC